CCGCUUCCAGCCGUUUCCUUCCAGCUCAGGAUGUGGAAGCUGAGCCCAGCUGACGAGUCCGGGCCAGGACAAUCAUAUCAGCUUUUAGUUGGUGUCGAGUAUGAUGUUGGACGUAAGAAUUGUGCCAUUUUAAUUCAAGCGGAUCAGUCCAUCAGCCGAAGCCAUGCAGUCCUUUCAGUUAGUCACCCUCAAGUGAACCUCAGUCAGUCUUCUACAUUGCCUGUGUUAACUUUAAAAGACACUUCUAAAUAUGGUACCUUUGUUAAUGAAGAAAAACUAGCAAAUGGUACCACUAGAACUUUGAGGUCCGGUGACAGAGUCACUUUUGGAGUCUUUGGAAGCAAGUAUAGAACAUUCUAUGAGCCUUUGGUAGUGUGCUCUUCAUGCUUAGCUGUUUCACAGAAAAGUGCUUUAAGUAAAAAUAUUCUACAGCUGGGAGGCCAUGCAGUGAAUGAGUGGAAAGAAGGAUGUACUCAUCUUGUUAUGGACUCAGUCAAACUUACAGUGAAGGCAAUAUGUGCCUUGAUCUGUGGUCGACCAAUUGUGAAGCCAGAGUAUUUUGAUGAAUUAAUCAAAGCAAUUCAGGCGAAGCAGCAGUUACCGACCCCUGAAAGUUUUUACCCUCCUAUUGAUGAGCUGGGUGUUAAGAAUAAAAAAUUAGAUCUGGCAACCUCUCCCAUAAGAAGAACAAUAUUCAAAGGAAAAACGUUUGUGUUUCUAACUGCUAAGCAGUUUGCAAAACUGAGUGCAGCAAUUAAACUUGGAGGAGGAGAAGUGAAACUGAUAACGGAGGAAGCAGAGAUUGUUUCUUCUUUAGUAGCACCUGAUAUUUGUGUCAUUGAAGUAGGGUUGACAAACUCUCAAGGAUCCAUUUCUGACUUGGACAGGAAAUGGAUGGAUAGAAUCACAGCUGUCUUCCAAAGGAAGCAAUGGAGAACAAUAUCUGAGGCAGAAAUUGGUCUAGCAGUUAUUUUUUCAUCCACAAAAACAUACUGUAAUCCUCAAACUCCACUAGAUGCAGGUGUAAAACCCACAUCAGCACCACUUGUUACGGGACCAAACCUUUCUCAAAGUGUGGUAGUAGAUGAAACAGUAAUGCCCACCAUUGCAGCAUAUGUAGCUGACACAGAAAUGGACCAGCUGAUGGACACAUGCAUGGAAAUGUCAGGGGAGAAGAGAAAGAAAGCAACUCCUUUCAAGGAACAAAGGAAAAACCCAUACCCACUGGAUAUAACUACUGUUAAUGAGACUUCAGCAGGAACUGGCACUGUGAAUGUUGGGGCUACAUUACCCAGGUUGAAUGCAAGGCCCGAGACUAACCAGAGUAGCCUUUCACCCUCUCCCUCUAAAAUGUCAGGGAACAGGAGAAAUAAAGAGGGAGAUUCACAGCAACAGUUGAAUUCAAUUAAAAACUACUUCCAGGCAGUUACAAAAAAAAGGGAAAGGGACGAGGUUGAAGAAACAUCACAGUCUAAAUAUGCAAAGAUAGAAGAGAAAUCAUCACUGGCUUCUAGUCAUACUCAGCCUGUAACUUCUUUGUUGUGGGAAAGCAAGGCAGGAGGAUCUCAAAAAGGGUCACGUACCUUGGACCAGAACACAAACGAGUCCUGUAUAGGUGGAAGUAGAAAGUCUAUUGCAGAGACUAGCCAGUUAGAAAAAAAUAAUCAUGAAAGCAUUAUUGCAUCAAAAAAGAGAAAAGAAUUGGAAGACUCAGUAGAAGACGAAGCAUCGUUAGAACUUGUCUUUGCAAGCCAAGAACUGGAUUGGGAAGACGAUAUAGGAAAUCAUGGUGAAGGCAGUGCUCAAGGUGCAAAGAAGAAAAGGAAAUUGGAAAUGAAAGAAGAGAAUUCGGAUAUGGAGCCUGGGGGACUUCAGCAAGAAAAGAAGCAGUCGCUUCCAGUUUUAAACCAGAAGCAAGAGAGAGAAGAAUCACCAGGCUCUGCAAAGAAUGACUCCAAUAAUCCUGAUAGAUGUGCAAAUGACUCUAGCAAUCUGCCCAGCAGGCUCCUGCUAACUGAAUUUAGAUCAUUGGUUGUUAGUCAGCCAAGGAAAGAUGGCCGUUGCACUUCAAAAAUAGAUUAUGGACAACUGAACAACUUUAAAAAGUUUAAAAAGGUAGCUUAUCCUGGAGCAGGACAACUUCCAUACAUUAUUGGGGGAUCGGAUCUGAUAGCUCAUCAUACUAGAAAGAAUUCUGAGAUGGAAGAAUGGUUGAGGCAAGAAAUGGAGGAACAGAGUCGCCAAGCAAAAGAAGAUUCGCUUGCAGAUGACCUCUUCAGAUAUGAUCCCCAUGUAAAAAGAAGAUAAGGUGUGCCUUGAGCCAGACCUACAGCAGAAGAAAAGCUUGCCUGGCCCGCUGGCAAUAAAUUGCAACAUCAGAGUUAAUUUUACGCUGAUCAUACCUCCUGAAAACCUGCUUUUCAUAUUGAAGAAAGGAUGCAAGACUUUGAACUGCUCUUCAAACAUGUUACAGCUAGUGAUGGAUCCAUGCGUUAUCUGCCCACAGCACAAAAGACUGGUCUAGGCCAACUUUGUAAUGCUCAAUACAAAGGUAGCAUUAGAAUUCAAACUAGAGUAGAACUUAAGCCAUUUAACUCCCUCCUACGUUUUGCUGCUCUGGCAGUGAAUAGAAGAAGUAUCUCUUCCAUUCCUGACA